AUGCUGUGCCUUCAUUCUGUGCCUUCAUGCUGUACCUUCAUGCUGAGCCUUCAUGCUAAGCCUUCAUGCUGUGCCUUCAUGCUGAGCCUUCAUGCUGAGCCUUCAUGCUGUACCUUCAUGCUGAGCCUUCAUACUGUGUCUUCAUGCUGUGCCUUCAUGCUGAGCCUUCAUGCUGAGCCUUCAUGCUGUGGCUUCAUGCUGAGCCUUCAUGCUGUGUCUUCAUGCUGUGCCUUCAUGCUGUGCCUUCAUGCUGAGCCUUCAUGCUGUGUCUUCAUGCUGUGCCUUCAUGCUGAGCCUUCAUGCUGUGCCUUCAUGCUGAGCCUUCAUGCUGUGCCUUCAUUCUGUGCCUUCAUGCUGUACCUUCAUGCUGAGCCUUCAUGCUAA